AGCUUGUGUCUCAUAUAAUUUUAGAGUUUGUUCUAUAUAUUUAAAUGGCAACAGAAACUGAAAAUAUAUGGCCUGAAGUGGAGCUCUCUGAUUCUGAAGAUGAUUCUAAAGAAGCUGUAAAGCCAAAGAAAAUUAUUCCCGACCUUUUACCUGAAGAUGUUACAGAGGAAGAUAUACAAGGUGACUUCCCGCAAUUGAAAAAAAAAGAAGAUUCGGAAAGCAGUAGCGAUGAAGACAAGUCAAAAGGAAAUAAAUAUCUCUCGAUUAAUCCUGCAGAAAUAAAGAAAAAAUAUGAUAAUAAGCUGAGAGAACUGCACCUAAAAAGGAAUGAAGCUCGUAAACUCAACCAUCAAGAAGUUUCUGCUGAAGAUCAAAGAAAAAAACUGCCUAAGAAUUAUGAAGCAAUGCGUCGAAGAGCUGAGUGGGAAAUGGAAGAUAAAAAUGCACGGCAGCAAGCAGAAAAAGACGGAGAAGAUUAUGAGCGUGUUAAGUUACUUGAAGAAACGGCCGAGGAUGUUGAGAUUUUUGAACGAAGAAAGCGUAAAAAGAAGAAUCAAGAUCCUGGCUUUUCUGAUUAUGCUACUGCACAACUUCGCCAAUACGACAGACUGACCAAACAAAUGAAACCAGACUUGGAAGCAUAUCGAAACUCGAGAGAAAAAUUAGGCGAAACUGCUUUUCCGUCUGCUCAUAAUGUAAUGUAUGGCUCUGAUGGAAAAUGUUCAGAAGAAGCCGUGGAUCGUAUGGUUGCAGAUUUAGAAAAACAAAUCGAGAAACGAUCUAAAUUCCAUCGUCGCAGACAACACCAUGACGAUGCAGACAUCGAUUACAUUAACGAGAAAAACAUGAAGUUCAAUCAAAAGGCCGAACGUUAUUACGGCCAAUACACACAAGAAAUCAAGCAGAAUCUUGAAAGAGGGACAGCUAUUUGACAACACCAAUUUUGUGUGUUAUAUUUGGUAACCUACACCGUGAAGAAUUCAUCGCCAAUGUGACUGAUUUCACUGUUCUGCUGUGAAAAUCUCCAUGUCUGUUGAGAACCUUAAUGGAUAGAGUUAAUUGCUUAACCUAAUAUUUCAGUUUGGACACCAUGAGAAGGACUGAAAUAAAGCAAGGACGAGGCUUAAUGGUAUUCGAUACAAUUGUUGUAAAUUAUUACUUUUCUCAUAUGAACUUGAUCAGACGAAACAAAAAAUUUAAACUAGCUAUACAAAAAAAUUCCUGAUUUUCUAUUCUAAC